UUUGUUUCUGUGACCGCAUCUUCUUGAAUUCUCUGUUCAUUUACAUUUAAUUACAGAAGUAGGGAUUGCUUAGGCACAAGUCAGAAUAUUAUCACCGCCCGUCACGAUGUGCACAUUACACCGUAUCAUAUCAACCUCUGUUCUAGCCAUCGUCGCCCUAAGCAGCUUCGUCGUGGCCUACCCGAAGAUCAGGGUGGAACGUCAAGCGCCCGGUCCCGAGGAGGCAUUGGGGUUGCCUAGCAACGCUACGUCCAUCAGAUCCGAAAUCACAGACUCUUUUUCGUGCGAGUCACGGAUUUACGGCUACUACGCAGAUGUGGACAACGAGUGUCAGCUGUUCCACGUCUGUCUGCCCGUUCAGUUCGCAGAUGGCAAGGAGAAGAUAUUCAAGUGGAGCUUCAUCUGUCCCGAAGAAACUGUCUUUAACCAGGAGAGUUUCACUUGCACGAGGCCAGAAGACGCAGUCGCAUGCGAAGAGUCACCGCAGUACUACAGUCUCAAUGAGGAGUUCGGUCGGACGGACCGACCAAUCGAACCAUCGCCGUCCCCAGCAGAUGGAGAAACAACGCUCCAGUAGUCCCAACUGCAACAUGACGCCACGCCUAUUACGGAAACAGACCGAGCUGCUAAUACUGGGAAUGUCACUGCAUUACCCAAACAAAUUACUCACAGACUCGUACGAAUUUUACACAGUCUGCGGGCUGAGGCACUGGAUGUGGAAACGAUGAAACAUUCAGGCGUAUGGUUUCACUGGAAAAAACCAAUUACGUUAUGAUGGAAAACAGAAAUGUCGGUUGGCCUUUGUGAUUCACAAGUGUCGGUGUUAUCAAUACGUGAAAUACGUGUUAUACCAGUUAUAAUACCAAGUAGGGAAGAUUAAACAGUAAAAAAAUAUGCUAUAAAGUGGGAACAUGUACAAAGUUUAUAAGCCGGUUCUUUAACGAUCCGUAUUUCAGAUGCCUGAUGUCACUGGCUGCAUCUCUAUAGAGGCUCACAAAUAAUUACUGCAUUUCCAAACAACACUAUAAGGGAAAUCAAUUAGGAUGAAAUUACGGCAAGUUAGUUCUCUUCUGCAAAGGGACUGGGUUCAUCUCAAGGUUGUGCAGUGUAUUAUAUCUCUCGACUCCUUUCAAGAACUGGAAAAUAGGUGACGUUGCGUGGGACCAAUUAAAAACUGUACAAAUUUCUGCUUCAAAUAGCGUGUAGUUAGUUAGUUAGU